AUGGGAGUUCUUUCCAAUAAGAUUGAUAGGAUACAGUUGAAACCCGGAGAUCACAUCUACUCUUGGAGGAAGGCUUACCUAUUUGCACAUCACGGAAUAUAUGUUAAUGAGCGAACCGUAGUCCACUUCACAACUGAAGCAAUACAACAACAAACUGGAAUACCAACUUUUUUCAACCGUCUCUAUACAAGUUCAGCUCCUUCUUUUGAUGCCAAUAACAUUCCAUGCCCAAUAUGCAGUGAUUGGGGCGAAACAAUGACUAAUGGUGUCAUCUUAUCCUGCUUAGAUUGCUUUCUUUCUGGAGGUGAACUAUACCGCUUUCUGUAUGGUGUCAAUAAACUGCAUUUUCUAGCCCAAGCUCGAGGAGGUACAUGCACCCUUGCUUCUUCUGAUCCAUCAGAAGAAGUCAUUUACCGAGCUAUUUAUCUUCUUGAAAGUGGAUUUGGUGACUACCAUGUUUCCAAGAAUAACUGUGAAGAUUUUGCAAUUUAUUGCAAAACGGGCCUCCGAGUAACCAGAAAUAUCAGUGUAGGCGGCGGAAGUGGACAAGCCGCAUCUUACUUGGCUGCAGCCAAGUCUGCGGCUUUUGCAUCAGUUCGUUUGACUGCCUGUUAUUAUAGCCCAGCAUUGGUUGGUUGUAUAUUAUACAGUCAUAAAAGAUUGGUUUCUGAUAUUGGAUAUCGCAAAGAUGUGACUCAAGUACCAUUGAAAAGAAUAUCUGAGAUGGCUAUAAGAGAAAACUAG